AUGGCUGAUACCACUCAACAAGACCAUUUAGAUGUGGAAGAGAGGAUGCAGAGCAGAACUUCUAGGCCAAGGGGAGAUAAGGGACGUGGGAAAGGCGGCGGCGGCGGCGGUGGACAGGGCCGAGAGGUGCAGGUUUCAAAGGCCCUGUCUAAGCUCUUGAGGCAUCAGGCGGCUAAUGCUGGUGUUCAACUCGACGAUGAAGGCUAUGCGACGUUGGACUCUGUGCUUGCGUGGGGUCCAUUGCGAUCUCUAAAGGUCACACUUGAGGACAUCCAAGCCAUCGUCAGUUCCAACGACAAGCAGCGCUUCACACUCAAACCCAAAGACCCCUCUCUAGAGACUCCAUCUAACUCAUCUGCCGACUAUCUCAUCCGCGCCAACCAAGGACACUCUAUCAAACUUGAGUCGGCAGCCCUUCAUGCGCCCAUCACCAUCGAGGCCGGCAACGUCCCACAGCGAGUCCUCCACGGAUCGUUCUUCUACUUCUGGCCAGCCAUCGUAGAAACAGGAGGCCUAAAGCCCAUGAGUCGUACCCACGUGCACUGCUCGUCGGGAACACCCGAGGAAGGUGUCGUGAGCGGUAUGCGUAAGGACGCAGAGCUCAUUAUCGAGGUUGAUAUCGAAGCGAGCUUGAAGGAUGGUGUCAAGUGGUGGUUGAGUGACAACGGAGUUUUGUUGACGGAGGGUGAUGAGCAGGGUAUUUUGGGCACCAAGUACUUCAAGUCAGUGACAGGACGCAAGGUUGAUAUCGGGGUGCUGUGGCAGGAUGGAGAGUGGGUUUCUGAUCUUCCAGCUGGAUUGAAGAUAAGUCCGCCGCUUGGCAAGGGGUCUCGGCGAGGUGGUGGACGAGGGGGGAGGGGAGGUAGACGGGGCGGUUCAUAG